AUGGAUCAUCGAUCCAAAUCAUCGUCUGUUGCUGAUACUCCUGUCCUUCGAUCCAAAUCGUCUGUUGCUGAUACUCCUGUCCAAGCACGAAAGGGCAUUCUAAAAGCCCGAUCAUCAUCUCCGGUCAAUGUGUCCGAGCCUGCUGUCAAGACGAAGCCGUUGCCCGAGCCACCUGUUGCCAAGACCAAGCCGUUGCCCGAGCCGUCAGCUGUCAAGACCAAGCCGUUGCCCGAGUCAGUGUCCGAGCCAUCUCAGCCUGAUCUAAAGAAGACCACGGAGGAGCUCAUUCUGGAGAUGCGUUGCGACUACGAAAGCAGGAUCGACGUCAUGCAGACAGAAAUCAGUACGUUGAAAACUCUUGUACACCAAGUUGUCGGCGCCCUAGCAGAAAAGGAAAAGAAAGAAGUUCACGUUGUUAAUCUUCUAAAUCUUAUCCUAUCAAAACUAGAUAAUAAUGUCCAGUCUGAUAUUAGCCGCCCUUCUUAUGCAUCCGUAGUUUCAUCCCAGCCCCUUCGACAAAAUCCCAUCAUUGCCUCAAUGCAAGCACAGAAAUUUCUCAAGAUUAGGGAGGAGCAGGAGAAAGACCGUACUUUUGUUAUUGUUGGAUCCCCGGAAGUUAAGAAUGAAGAUCUUGUUGCUGAAAUUAAUUGUUGUCUGUCUUCUGAAGAUAUUCCCAAUGACUGUAUUGAAACGGCUUUCCGUCAUGGUAAAAUGAAACCUGAGGGCCAAUAUAGGAUAAUCAAGGCCAAAAUUUCUCCUCAUCGUGUGUCCUUUUAUCAUAAAAUCAAAUCUACUGUAGGAAAGUCUGAUUUAUGUUGGUACACUCGUGAUGAUUUAACUAGUAUCGAGCAGCAGGAAGACUCUCGUUUGAGAUCUGAGUGCCGGCUCGAGAACAAGCGAUGCGGCUUUAAGAAAUACAUUGUUAAGAACUUGCAGCUGACUGAAGUUGCAAGAAAGCCGGUCGCGGCUUCUGUGGAAACGGCUUCUGAGAGGAUUGAUCUUAACGCUAACCCCCAAUAA